CUCCUGCCUUGCCUCUCUAUCUCCUCCUUGUGGUCAGAGCUUGAGCAGGGUUGACGCUGACUCCCUCGUCUAGUACAUAUCUCCGACGGCCAUUCAGCUGUAUCCAAGUGCUGAUCCGUCAUGCAGACCAUCAAAUGCGUCGUCGUCGGUGACGGUGCCGUCGGAAAGACGUGCCUGCUCAUCUCUUACACCACCAAUGCAUUCCCCGGCGAGUACAUUCCGACAGUCUUUGACAACUACUCUGCUGGUGUCAUGGUUGACGGCAAGCCUGUCAGUCUCGGUCUCUGGGACACGGCAGGUCAAGAAGAUUAUGAUCGCCUACGACCACUGUCGUACCCGCAAACGGACGUAUUCCUCAUCUGCUUCAGCUUGGUCAGCCCUCCCAGCUUCGAGAACGUCAGAACCAAGUGGUGGCCAGAGAUCUCGCAUCACGCGCCCAACAUCCCGAUGAUCCUAGUCGGGACCAAGCUUGAUUUGCGAGAAGACCCAGAGACGAUCAUGAAGCUUCGGGACAGACGGAUGCAGCCGAUUUCAUACCCGCAAGGGAAUCAGAUGGCGCGCGAUAUCGGCGCAGUCAAGUACCUCGAGUGCUCGGCUCUGACGCAAAAGGGACUAAAGGGAGUGUUCGACGAGGCCAUCAGGAGCGUUCUUGCACCGGCGCCGGUCAAGAUGCGGAAGAAGAACAACUGUCUGAUUCUCUGAGAGCACGUAGGGCAUGAAGGAAAGACGCGCGGGGAGAACGCAGAGUGGCCGCAGCGGGAGGAUGCGUGCGGAGCAAGAAGCGGCGCUUGGCCGUGUCGGCAUGAGUACGGAAAUGGCAGUGCGGAUGUGGUGGUUUGCAGGCGUGGCGCGGUGUUGCGAUGGAUUGA